AUGGUUUACAGAGGCAAGCCCAGUCUGGGAUGUGAACUAUGCCGGAAGCGCCGGCUGAAUUGCGAUCGGCGUGAACCAUCGUGUUCGCAGUGCUUGCGGGUCAAUCAGGCAUGCUCCGGUUAUCGUGAUCCCAACACUCUGCGAAUUCUGGAUCAGUCCAAGGAAGUGGCUGUCAAAGCCCAGGCCCGACGAACUGCCUCCAAGUCGCCGCCUGCAGAUCGGACCACCGCACCCCGGACUGCUCCACCCAUCUCCCCGGACGAGCUAGCCAUGUCCUACAUCUUUACCCAUCUUGUCGGCACGACCCAGAGCCAGGGCGUCAUGUCGUACUUGCUAGAUCUUCUGCACGUGGACCCCUCGCCGGCGCUCCAAGCCACCAUCAAGGCUGUAGGACUGGCAAGCCUGUCUAGGUUGCCCGAGUCCAGGCGAGCAGCAGGGAAAGAAUACACCAUCGCUUUGCGUGCUACCAACGAUGCGCUCCGGGACCCAGUCUCGGCCAAAUCGGACUCCACCCUGGGGGCUGUUCUAUUGCUCAGCACUUACGAGAUGAUCACAUGUAAUCCCGCGGACAAAAUGGGUACCUGGAAGCACCAUGUGCAAGGCGCGACCAAGCUUCUGGAGCUCAGGGGCCUGGAGCAAUUGAACUCGCGCGCAGGGCUAGAGUUGUUUACCACCGUGCGAUUCCAAAAUGCAAUCAGUAGCAUCUUUUACCGAAGCUCGGAUCAUAAUACGCCAAAAAUGGCAGCGUUAUCCAAGGUCGCCCGAUCCAAGCGAAGUGAACAUUUCCAACCGAUUGAAAAUUUCUACGAUCUACUACUGCGACUGAGCGAAUUCUCUCUUCGCGUCGAUGGCGCGCAUCUGCAGCCCGAUCCGGUCCAGAACCUGCAACAGCUAAUCGACGAGGGCCUUCUCCUGGAUGCUGAUCUGGAAUCGUGGAAAACAUCGCUUAGUCCAUUCUGGUGGUAUACCAUCGUCGAAGACUCGCACCCUGGUUCUGAACUUGGUCCUAAUUUUCCCCAGCCUGGUGGCAAACAUCACGUAUACUACAAUGUCAACCUGGCCUCGAUGUGGAACCAUUAUCGGCAAGCCCGGAUCGUUCUCAACGAGAUGAUUCGAACCAUGUCCCUCCAUCUGUGGGAGCUACAGCCAUCAUCAGAAUGCCGACAGACGGUAUACCAGUCGUUGGCCGUCAUGAAACAAAUGGCGGAGGAUAUCUGUGCAACCCUUCCGUACCAUUUUACCUCUGGGGAGGCAGGAUUUGGGGCCCUGGUCCGAAUUAUGUGGCCUUUGUUCAUUGCAGGAUACUGCAAGGGUGCCGAUGCUGCCACCCGGGGAUAUAUUAUGCACGCCCUGGAUUUCAUUGGGAACACGGCGGGCAUGCAGCAAGCGGAUCACAUGGCGCAGAUGCUGCGAGAGGAGGUUACGAUGACGAUGAUUCCUGGGAGUUGA